AUGGUGUUCCAGAAGAGGACGUCGUCGGAGAUGGAGUCGUGCGGCGGAAGCCACGUCGCGGAGAUGCCGCGCGUCCCGAAAUCCGCGAGGGGCAAGAGAUCGGUUAGGAAGAAGGAGAGCCAGGGCCAGGCGAUGUGCGCGUUUGACCUUCUCGCGACGGUGGCCGGCAAGCUGCUCGAUGAGGGCGAGGGCUCGCUGGGGAACAUGAGCGCCGGCUCCCCGGUCCUCGCUGCUUCUGCCAAGGAUGUCUGCGUGAAGCAAGAGCAGUGCGACGAGGAGGGGAAGCACCUCAAGAAUGAUGUGAUGGACCAGGAUAGCUGCAAUGAGAGCGCGUUGAUCUCCCACAUUGCGUCUCAGAGACUGGCGGAUCACCAUUCUCGGAAAGGAGAGGAUCUGAAUGAGGUUCCAAAGGCAAAGUCUGAGGCUGUGGACAAGGAACCCUCGAUGAUAAGUUGUACCAAGGCUGACUUGGGUAGUAAUUUCGGGGCGAUCGCGGACAGGUGGUCGCCUGAAUCCGUGGAGUCAGGGGCCUUCACCGGGGAUGCAGCGGCAAAUGUGAUGGCAUUGGCCGCAGCAGCCUACAACAAGAACGCCCCCGACAUGUACAAUAUUCUCGACCCCAUGGAUGUCGAUGUGAAGCCGCCUCCGUUGGUCAGCUCUGACAGCACCGGCGAGAUGCCAUUAUAUGGUGGCAAAAUCCACAAGUCCGUCUCUUUUCCGAGGGGUCCGAAAGGAGGAGCAGAGUAUUCUGUAGAUAGAGAGAAUGAUGAUGAUGAUGAUGAUGAUAAAUCUUCCGGGUGCACGCAUUCGAGCACCGCCACUAACAGGGGCUUGAGGCCCAAUUGUACAGCUGACCAAAGUAGGGUGAAGAAGUUCCUCGCCUGUAAGUACAGGAAAGUUGCUCCUGCCAGAAUGCACAAAGGAGAUCUUUCCUAUAGUGAUGCUGACCGGAAGCCUUCUUUCCGAAACAAGAAAAUGUAUUAUACGCGGCAAAGGACCCAAAGGAGUACAUUUAAGCGAAGGAAGAUGUUGGAUCGUCAUUCAACUCUAGUAUCUGAAGAAUUUGCAAAAUCAAAUGCAAAGAGAACCACAAAGGUUAAUGCAAGAGAACCACAUGCUGCUUCCUUGGAAGCAAAUAAGGGCAGCAACUCAAUGCCAUUCCAUGGAUCUUGUAAAUCAAACGAUUGCCAUGUGAAACUUAAGAUCAAAUCUUUCAAGGUUCCUGAACUUCUAAUUGAGAUCCCAGAAACUGCUUCUGUUGGAUCACUGAAGAAAACUGUUCUGGAGGCAGUAAAUGCCAUGCUUGGAGGUGGUCUGCGUGUGGGUGUUCUUCACCAUGGAAAGAAAAUCAGGGAUGAUAGCAAAACCUUAAUGCAAGCUGGGAUUGAUCAUGAUGAUAUGCUGGAUAACAUAGGCUUUUCACUGGAACCCAACUGUACACGGCAUUCAUCACAACUUGCAGCUCCUGAAGAUAUCGAAUUCCUAGAAACUGUUGAAACCACUGAACCCCUAGCAAGGAUCGCACCUGCUGACUCAUCCUCGAAGCACGGCGAAGUCGAUGCCUCACAGGAGCUUGCAUUGACACCCUUGACAGCUAAUUACCAGGGAAAUGAUCAUGAUUCGGUGCACUCUCCUGGGGGCAUCUCCUCACCUGAGAAAGCUUCAGCAAACUCGCGAGCUAUUGUUCCAGUUACACCUGUAGAUUCCAGCGCAGGGGCGAUAGUUCCAGCAAACAAGGCAAAGAGAUCAUCGGAACAGGGGCAGCGUCGAAUCAGACGUCCGUUCUCUGUUGCUGAAGUGGAAGCACUUGUGCUUGCAGUCGAAAAGCUUGGAACUGGAAGAUGGCGAGAUGUUAAACUUCGUGCUUUUGAUAAUGCCAAGCAUCGGACCUAUGUUGAUCUUAAGGACAAAUGGAAGACGCUGGUGCACACGGCGAGCAUCUCGCCCCAGCAGCGGCGCGGUGAGCCGGUGCCACAGGAUCUGCUCGACCGGGUCCUUGCGGCCCAGUCCUAUUGGUCCCAGCAGCAGGCCAAGCUCCAGCCUAAGACGCCCCCACUGGCUGAGGCUCGCCUGCUCACCUAA